AUGAGAAUUACAAUUACAACCGAGAUUGGUGAGAUCCAUCUUUUGGAAGUUGAUUCACAAAUGGAAUUAGAAAACAUCAAGGCCUUAAUUGAAGCUGAGACAGGGACACUAAUAAAUAAUCAGAUUCUCUCUUAUCAUGGAGUAGAAUUAACAGAUCCUAAAAAAACUCUUGAACAAUAUAAAGUUAACCAAGACGAUAUGUUAUUGCUUAAAAAACGAAAUACUGGAACUCAGACAACUGCUAGCACUAUUCCACUAGAAGCAGAAUUAUUUCGUCAAAUGAUACUAAAUCAGCCUCAAAUGAUACAACAAUUGCGUGAAACUCAACCAGAAUUAGCCGACGCUGCUUUAAACGAUCGCGAACGUUUUGCGACGCUCUUUCAACAGAUGGAACAACGAAGACGUGAAGGUGAAAGGCAGAGAAUGCAACAGAUAGAUAUGCUUAAUGCAAAUCCUCUUGAAGUUGAAGCACAACGAAGGAUCGAAGAGGCUAUAAGAAUGGAAAAUGUUAAAGUUAAUUUUGAGACAGCCUUAGAACAUAAUCCAGAAUUCCUUGGCCAAGUAAAUGAACAUCCUGUUAAAGCUUUUGUUGAUUCUGGAGCUCAAGGAACUAUAAUGAGUCAUAAUUGUGCUGAAAAAUGCGG